AUGACUGGCACCACUGGCACCACUGACACCACUGACACAAGCAGGUGUGAAAUUUCCUGUCCUGGUCUCAUGGACCUGCCCUCAAAGUUCCCUGCAGCCAAGGCCAUCUCGAGUCUCGCCGUGGCUCAAGGGAGCCAGGAAGUGCCAGUGGAGUGCUGUUGGAUAGAGGCAGCAGCUGGCGCACAGCAGAGGUGGGCGUGCCUGCGAACCUUUGUGGCGUCUCCCAGGAGAUGCUGUGAUGCAGUCGCACAGUGUCGCUGCUGUUUGGGCUCCCUAGGACUAUUAGGCGGUCGUGGCGGCUCUGCGUCCAGCUCUGCUGCACUAGAAUCGGGUGAAUAUCUACAUAAUUGCUCUUAUUUUGCUCUGUGGUCCCUGGAUUCUGUAGUAAGUAGGUUUUUUCCACAUGAUAUCUUGCAUAUCUUAGUGCAUGAGAGGAGUUUAAGUCGAGGAAUUCCUCCUUCCCAUCCACCUCCUGAGGACUUUUUUCAUCCAAGAUGUCUUAAUUUUGCUACUUGUUUGAUGAACUCUGGAGUGGUUCACAUCAAUUGCAAUGGCUUUCAGAAAAAGAAUCUGAUGUUUUCAAGUGCAUUGGGGCAAUCUCUCAACAGUGCCAUUCCUGAUCAUUAUAAGCAAUGUUAGGCUGACAUGUCACCACAAAGUCUUGAUAGUCCAUCUUCAAAUUUAAGUCAGCAAGACCAAUUAGAAGCUUUAUGGUCUGCAGUAGACCAAACCAAUUUCCUCGCACUUAUGUCUAGAUGCAUCAAACAAUGGGCAUCAGAACACCCACAUUCGGCCACUAAGUUGUGCUUUGUUCUAGAAUGGACAUGGAAUAAAGUGAAUGUCACCAAAGAAGAAUUGGUCAGACUGUGUGCGCCGUUAUUUGAUGGCUCAUGCCAUAUCAUUGAUCCACAGACUAUACAGUCUAUCCAUUGUUGUUAUUUGCUUCUGUGCCACCUUAAUGCAGUUCUUAAUUGUUUGUUAGCAGAAGCCAAAAGCAUGACUGAGGAAGGCAUAUUGAGCCUGAACAAUAAACGUAUGUUGACUCAAAUCACAUGUCAAUACAUACAAGUGGUUCUGUGGUUCUGUCGUUUUGAGCUUCUACCAGAGGGCUUCCAUGAUGCUAUGCAUUUAAGAAGUUUAUGCUAUAACUACCCUGUAAUUCAGGAGUACUACACCAGUUGUCGACAGAAGUGUGAGAGUUUUUCAAGGGGGGAAAUGAAUCCUGAUUACCUGAUCAUUGAUGGACUGGUUUCUCGCCUAGGAAAUAGGAUUGAGAAUUUGUGGGAAAACGAUGAAGGAAGCACUGGAAAAUAUCCUCCUCCAAGUCUGCAUGCACUGCUUGACAUAUACUUACUUGAUAAUAUUCCAGAAGCAAACAAACAUGCAGUUACCAUCUAUUUGCUGCUAGAUAUUCUGUCUUGUUUUCCAAAUGAUUCUGCCAUUGAAUCAUUUCUUAAGCUUUUUGCCAUUUCUUAUAGCCAACUGAAACUGAUUAAAGGAUUGUGGUAUAUAGACCAUAAAAAUUAUGAGAGGGCUUUGGAACUUCUGUUUGACCCAGCCACAGUCGAACCUUUGCCAUGGCAACAUACAAUGAUUCUUCAAGCUUUCAUAAGUCAUGGUGAGCACAGAAUCGCCCUCAGAUAUAUCCAUUCCAUGAAGCCAACGAUGUCCACAGAUGGUGAUGUUUGCCUUCACUUCACCAUUUUGACCUAUAAUAGGUGUGUGGUUGAGGCCUUAAAUUUGCUGCGGCAACAUUCUAGUAGUUUAAACAGAAAGGACUUAUUCAAGCACACUUACGACAUGUGCCAGGAACUGGGCUUGCUGGAAGAUUUUCUAAAGAUACCGCUCAAAGACACUGAACAUGAGGAUUUGGUAAGAACUUUGCAAACCAGUCCUAGAAUCAAAGAAUCCUCUCCUGGAGUAUCUUCUCCCCCAAUACCUAAUGCUUCUGUUGGAACCCCAAUUGCACAAGCUUCACAAAAAAGUUCUAAAGAGCUGAAUACGGCUGAUUAUCCUGUACCUCAGCCUUCUCAAUGUAUGAGGGUUUUUCUGCAGAGCCCCACCAAAUCUCCUUUGUACCUUCCAUCUUAUUUAAUGCCAGUAAAUUCAUGUGUCAAAAGAUCUUGGGACCAAAUUACCAAGGCUAAGGAAAUACAUUGCCUUGAAACUCCUCUUGUGGCUAAGAAAGCUAAAAUUUCGGCCACAACAGUUAAUGCUUCUGGAUUUGCCAAAGCUAGUCUUCAAUCCAUUUUAAAGUCUUGUCGUCCAUCAACUUUAGCAUCACCCUCUUUGUCUUCUGGACCUUCUCUUGUUCCUUUACAACUGAAGGAAACUUCAAUUUCAUUGAGGGAAGAGGGCAUAACUGCACCAUGUACAACUGGAGUUGCCUAUGACAACAAAACUAAUAUAUAUGUUACUACACCACCACGUUCAAUUCUAAAAAAACCUGACUCACUGAAGACCCGAAAGAAGGUAUCUUUUUCCUUAGACCAUCAAGAAAAUGAAAAUCAAGAAUUGCAUGUAAGGCUACAGGAUACUGCGAGCUCUUCUACUGAACUAAUUGCUGAUGUAACAGAAAAAGGGCAAGAUGGUAAUAGUAAUAUGGUUGAGUCUGAAGGAAGUCCUCCUAAAAUGCCAGGACUUUCUGAUACUGGGAAUACCGAAGAUAUUUUGCUGUCAUCUCUGACAGCACAACAGGCAGAAGUCCCCAUGUCUGACACACCUAGAAAACGUGGUAGACCAAGAAACAUAAAUGCUGAUGAUGUAGCACCCACAGCUCAUGAGGAGGAGAGAAGUCCCAAAAGGAGAAAAGAUCUUAGCAUUCAAAGGAGAUCGACAAGAAACACCUCAGUUACAACAAUAAAUACUCAUGCUGGAGAACGAGCUUCAGAGAAGUCAGUUUCAGUUCCAGAAGAGGAACUUGAGCCAGUGUUGAGCCCCAAGUAA